AUGCGCUCCCCGCUCCCCUUCCCCUGUGUCCCUGAUCGUCCUUACAAGAGGACGCGAAGCGAGUCGCACGGCGCGGACGUGGCGUUUCUGCAGGCGGGGCUGCGGCUCUGCCGGCCCGGCGGCGCGGUCUAUUCGCUGCACAAGACCUCCACCCGCCCGUUCAUCGCGAAAAAGGCGGCCGAGGCCGGCGGCGAGGCCUCCGUGGUGGCGGAGCUGCGGUUCGAGAUCCCCAGAAUGUACAAGCACCACCGGCAGCCGAGCAAGGACGUGGCGGUCGACUUUUGGAGAAACAAGAAGAAAACCCCGAAUGCAACGGCCGACCGGGCAAACAUGAAACAAGGCACCUUGAAAGCGCCGCCGCCCGCUGGCGUUCGCUCCGACGCCGGCACAUGCUCGCUCACCGUCUUUGGUCACAUCCCAAAGACGGGCGGUACCACCGUCGACGAUCUGUUUUGGGCGCUUGCGAACGCUAGGCCGCCCGAGGUCAAUGUGAGUGGACGUAUGAUUGGCAAGAACUGGAGCGCGGUCUCGGAGGGGUCCUACGUUGCGACACAUUCCAUUAGUCACCACUUCCCAAACGAUGUGCUCCACGCCAUCUUGGGCCUGCGGUUUCAGAGGCACAAGGUCCCGACCUUGCUGCCCUCGUGGCACCGCACGCACAUCUACCACUCCUAUCACCCUCACGGCCGUGACAUGCGGCUCUUCCUGUCGCACCUGCCGCAGCUCCGCAAGAUGUAUCGCGACGCUUCAUGCAUGCUCCAGGUCGUGACGGUGGUGCGUGAGCCAAAGUCUCUUCAGCGGUCUGCAUACCGAUACUUUCGGCUCGACGGCGGGCUUGGUGUGGUUCCAUCGCUCUCUCGCACCUCGAGCGUGCGGAGGAAUGCCACGUUGCUCGCCGACGACCUCGCUCUGUGGCUAGCCCAAAACCCGGAUCGGCAGAGCCGGUGGCUGAAUAGCGGGAUCAGCUCCACCCUCAACCUCUCAACUCCGCUGCAUUACGCGCAGCUAUUAGCGGCCUACGACUACGUGGCACCGAGCGCGCGACUCAACGAGUUUCUCUGGUUUCUGAUGGCGCGUAUCGGUGUCUACUUGCCCGCCUCGCACAGUGAGGGCGCACCGGGACCCCUCUCUGCUCGCUUGCCUUCGUGCAACUCAAACGCCGGCUCCGAAAAGGUCCUCAACGAAGCGAUUAUGAAGCAGCACGUACAGGAUGCAUUUUCUCUGUACACGACCAACGAUGCCUUGCUCUUCCGCGUUGCCACAGCUCGCUACGCGGCCGACGUCGCAGCCGCAGAGGAGAGCCGCAGCCAGCUCGCCUUCAUGCAAGCCGCUCGGCGAGCGCUGGCCAAUGGCAGUACGACAACUCAGACUCGCGUGGGAGUCUGGCCGAUCGAGCUGCACCUCAACUGCCACAAGGGGCGCGUGCCCUCUGAGGUGGCGACAGAGCUCCGGAGAACGGGCACCACGCACGUGUUGGGUGAGAAUGCUUUGUGCCCCGCCGAGCGAUUAAUCUGCGUGCAAGGCGCCGCCUCGCAAAGAUGGUAG